GUGGUGAUAAACAGCAAAACUGAAAGUGUUUCACAUAGUUAAGUUUUAUGCGGUUUUCCCGUGAAGUUUAGUCAUGUCAGUUAUCAAGCUGCUGGGCAGUAGGUCCAUCUUGUCCAGAUUACAGGUGUCCAGAAUGGCGUACUCUGUCAGGACGGCCAGUCAGUUCCUCCACGAGAAGGCCUACGUUAACGGGAAGUGGGUGGAUGCCAAAAGUGGGAAAAAAUUUCAAGUGUUGAACCCAGCUAAUGGGGGUCUGAUGGGAAGUUGUCCUGACAUGAAUGCAGAAGAUACGCAGCUUGCCAUCCAGAAGGCGCAUACGGCUUUUCAGUUCUGGAAGAAAUCCUCUGUCAAGGAACGCAGUGCUGUACUGAGAAAAUGGUUUAAUCUUAUGAUGGAGAACCAGCAAGAGCUGGGAAAACUCAUCACAGAGGAAAUGGGCAAGCCACUGAAAGAAGCUAUGGGGGAGAUAGGAUAUGCAGCUGGAUUCUUUGAAUGGUUUGCAGAAGAAGCAAGACGCACAUAUGGUGACAUAAUUCCGUCUCCAGUGGACAGCAAACGCCUUCUGGCCAUCAAACAACCAGUGGGCGUGUGUGGAUUGAUUACACCAUGGAAUUUCCCUUCAGCCAUGAUAACACGUAAAGCUGGAGCCGCCAUUGCUGCAGGGUGUACUGUGGUCAUUAAACCAGCAGAAGAUACGCCAUUUUCUGCACUUGUUUUGUGUGAUUUGGCAGAGAAGGCAGGCUUGCCACCAGGUGUCAUAAAUGUUGUCACAUGUUCAAGACAGAACACAGUGGAAGUUGGGAAGGUGCUAUGUGAGAGCCCUCUGGUGGCAAAAAUAUCUUUUACAGGUUCUACUAACACUGGGAAGAUUCUCUUACAGCAGUGUGCCAACACAGUAAAGCGCGUGUCUAUGGAGCUGGGGGGCAACGCUCCCUUUGUGGUCUUUGACAGUGCAGAUGUGGAUGCAGCAGUGAUGGGAGCAAUGGCCUGCAAGUUCAGAGUUAGUGGCCAGACGUGUGUGUGUGCCAACAGGUUCUUGGUCCAAGAGGGAAUCUACGACCAGUUUGUACAGAAGCUUGGGGAGCAGAUGCUGAAACAGCUAAAAGUGGGGGAUGGGUUCUCCGAGGAUGUCACGCAAGGCCCACUGAUUAAUAGUAAAGGUGUGGACAAGGUAGAUGAACUGACCCAGGAUGCAGUGUCAAGAGGAGCUCAGUUGAAGAUGGGCGGGAAGCGACACUCAGCUGGCGAGAACUACUAUGAGCCAACGCUCCUCACCGAUGUCACGUCAGAAAUGAGGUGCUUUAAAGAGGAAAUCUUUGGUCCAGUGUCAGCUGUGAUUAAAUUUAGAACUGAAGAUGAAGCCGUAGCACUAGCAAAUGCAAGCUCCGUUGGCUUGGCAGGUUACUUUUUCUCCAGAGAUUUGUCUCAAAUUUGGCGCGUAGCUGAGAACAUGGAGGUCGGCAUGGUUGCCGUUAACGACGGCAUCCUGUCUACAGUGGAGGCCCCUUUUGGCGGCGUCAAGGAGUCCGGGAUUGGGAGAGAAGGCUCCAAAUAUGGGAUUGAUGAAUACAUGAAUAUUAAGUACAUUUGUAUGGGUGGGAUACAAUAGAACUGAACUGGAUGGCACACCCAAGCAAUCACAGCUGGGCUGUCACAGCUAACACAAUCAGGAUGGGAAAAACUGUUGUGGUUUGUGCAACAGCAGCUUUAUGAAAGAGUAAAAUAUUGAACUGGAUAUAAAAAGCUAUGAAAGAAUAAGACAUUGAACUCGAUAUAAAUAUCAUCCUUUACAGAGAGGAAAAGAACUUGUUUUACAAAUGGUUUUUACUUUAAAAUGGGGAAAGACAAGACCUUGCUGACCUUUGCCUCACGCUUGUUUGUGGAAUCAUAGUAUCAUCAGACCCCAUGGAAACCUAUUGAAUGUGACCCAACAUUUGUCUCUUAUUGCUGUCAGUUAUGCAUUUACUCAAUCAUGAUAACAUUUUAGGGGUGAGGAAUUAACUUUAAUUUUACUAAAAAAAGUUUAUAUUUCACUUUCCCCAAGGAGCUUUGUCAUUAUGCAUAUCACGUUAAUGCAACUAACAAAGACCUUUCAAUAUUUUUAUAAAGUUUCCCAGAGUUUCAUUUACACUGCUCCUUGAGUGCCAACAUAAAAUUGUUACAGUAGUGAGAUCAGCUUUUAAA